UGGGAGAGGGCAGUCCAGUUGUUUAACUGUAGAAGAGCAUUCACACCAGAUCUUAUCUGCCGUCCUCCUGUCUAUUUCUUGAUUAGACUUCUCGUUAGCAGCAACCAAUCAGAACCAGUGAAGAUGACGACCUGUGGCACCGUGACGAAGAGCCUGCUAAUGCUGGCUGUGGUGGUCGCUCUGACCGGACAAGGAUCUGCAGUUGAGAAGUUCUCUGAAUGCUGCACCAGGGUGAGCAGACAGGAGAUCACUGAAACCAUCGUGGACUACAUGGUGCAACAGAGAAACAACAAUCACUGCGUCAAUGCCAUCAUUUUCCAAACAGAGAGCGGUAGUUUCUACUGCAGCAAAUUUGAUGAGCCCUGGGUGAUGAGGAAGGUCAGGCAGCUUAGGAGGACAAAAAGAGCAGCAUUGGCCUCCACCCCCUCCCUCCUGAAGCUCAUCACCUCCACCGCCACCCCUCCCUCGACUGCCCCUCCCACCCACAGCUCCUCUCCCCCGUCACCUUCCUCCCCCACCUCCCUCCUGAAGCUCAUCACCUCCAGCUCCGCUCCUCCACCAUUGGAGAGAACCACCGGAACCACGCCCUCAACGCAUUAUACCGUCCAAUAGAAAUGCUUCUUAUGCAGCGCCGGCCAAUGAGCUUCAAGAUGGCUGACCAGAUACUUAUAGAGAGGAAAACAAUGAACUGCUAGAGUUGUUUUCAGUUAAGCUAGAGUAGUCCAGAUAUACAAGCAUUCAACCUGAAAGAGGUUAUUUAUUAAAUUAUGAUAAUAUUUUUCGACAUUUAAAUGUAUUUAAAAAAAUAGAUAAUAUUCUAUAGUCAUAUUUAUUCAUGAAUUGUAUUUAUCAAUGUUUGCACAUUUUGUGACGAUGUUGUAUGGCUGGUUUUCGGUAAGGAUUUGUCACUGGAUCUUAUCACUGGAUUUGUUAAAGGUUCUAGCCAUUUAUUAAUUAGCUAUUUAUUAGUGUGUUUGAAUCUAAAUAAAAUAUGUCCUAUUCUGUA